AUGGAUAGCUACCAUGACUACGACUACUGUGCAGUGCUUGGGUCCGCUGCAGUUGACCUGGUUUUGAUUGAGAGGGAAGAGAUGCAGAGAGAGAUUGAGGACCUACGGAACAAAGUAGAGGAGUUGACUGUCGUUUUGGGCUGCAGCGAUUUGUGGGAUCAGAUGCACAGAUCCAGUCCUUCACAAGGUGGGUAAACCUAGCCCUGCUUAGUAUUGUUACAUCAUACACUUUACACUGUUUGCUUUCUGGCACCAUUUUCCCGAGCUACCAGCAUUUCUGUCUUAGAUUUAUGAUACUACAUUUAAUAUUAGACUUGUGAGUAAAUAACUCCUAUCAAUGUUUCUUCCCAUGUAGAUUUGCCUUUUGGUCUCUCAUCAAACCGUCAACUGCCAAUAUUGUCCGUGUCACACGAGCAAGGAGAACCAAGCUGA